GGCUCCGCCGAAGACGGCGACGUGGCUGAAGGAGGCCGGUUUGUUUCGGAACUGAGGCUCAAGCACAGCCGCUCAGGAUUGGUGCUAGGCUGGGCCGGGGUCUUUGGCCGGAAGCGGAAGUGGAGAAAGGAUGCAGGACCAUCAGCACGUGCCCAUCGACAUCCAGACCAGCAAGCUGCUCGACUGGCUGGUGGACAGAAGACACUGUAACCUAAAAUGGCAAAGCUUGGUGCUGACCAUCCGGGAAAAGAUCAACACCGCCAUCCAGGACAUGCCAGAGAGCCAGGAGAUUGCCCAGCUGCUCUCUGGAUCCUACAUUCAUUACUUCCACUGCCUAAGAAUAGUGGACCUUCUUAAAGGCACCGAGGCAUCCACCAAAAAUAUUUUUGGCCGGUACUCUUCACAACGGAUGAAAGAUUGGCAGGAGAUCGUAAGCCUGUAUGAGAAGGACAACACCUAUUUAGUGGAACUCUGUAGUCUCCUGGUUCGGAAUGUCAGCUAUGAGAUCCCCUCGCUGAAGAAGCAGAUUGCCAAGUGCCAGCAACUGCAGCAAGAAUACAGCCGCAAGGAGGAGGAGGGCCAGGCUGGGGCCGCUGAGAUGCGAGAGCAGUUCUACCACUCCUGCAAACAGUAUGGCAUCACGGGAGACAAUGUCCGAAGAGAACUUCUGGCCCUGGUGAAGGACCUGCCGAGUCAGCUGGCUGAGAUAGGGGCAGGGGCUCAGUCCCUGGGGGAGGCCAUUGACCUGUACCAGGCCUGUGUGGAGUUUGUGUGUGACAGCCCCACAGAGCAAGUUCUGCCCAUGCUGCGGUAUGUGCAGAAGAAGGGAAACUCAACGGUGUAUGAAUGGAGGACGGGGACAGAGCCCUCUGUGGUGGAGCGGCCACAGCUGGAGGAGCCUCCUGAGCAGGUGCAAGAGGAUGAGAUCGACUGGGGUGACUUUGGGGUGGAAGCUGUUUCCGACUCUGGCAUCACUGCUGAGACUCCUGGAAUAGACUGGGGUAUCUCCCUGGAGUCAGAGGCCAAGGAUGCUGGGGCUGACAAGAUAGACUGGGGUGACGAUGCUGCUGCUUCAGAGAUCACUGUGCUGGAGACAGGAACUGAGGCUCCGGAGGGUGUAGCUCGGGGCUCAGACGCUCUGACUCUUCUGGAAUACCCUGAAACUCGGAAUCAGUUCAUUGAUGAGCUUAUGGAGCUUGAGAUCUUCUUGUCUCAGAGAGCAGUAGAGAUGAGCGAGGAGGCUGACAUCUUGUCCGUGAGCCAGUUCCAGCUGGCUCCUGCCAUCCUCCAGGGCCAGACCAAAGAGAAGAUGCUCAGCCUGGUGUCCACGCUGCAGCAGCUGAUCGGCCGGCUCACCAGUCUGCGGAUGCAGCACCUGUUUAUGAUUCUGGCCUCGCCAAGGUAUGUGGACCGAGUGACAGAGUUCCUCCAGCAGAAGCUGAAGCAGUCACAGCUGUUGGCUUUGAAGAAGGAGCUGAUGGUGGAGAAGCAGCAGGAGGCGCUUCAGGAGCAGGCAGCUCUGGAGCCCAAGCUGGACCUGCUGCUGGAGAAGACCAGAGAGCUGCAGAAACUGAUUGAAGCCGACAUCUCCAAGAGAUACAGUGGCCGUCCUGUGAACCUGAUGGGGACCUCUCUUUGACACGCUCCCUCUGGGUCCUCCACCCUCCUUCCCAGGCUGAUGCUACUGGGCCUCACCAGCAAGAAACCAGGCGGACUUGGAGGCAGAGCCAUGAGGAAGGGUCACACCAUGAUCUCUGCAAGCAGUUGUCUUGAGUGGCUCUGGCCUGUCAGCCUUAAGGCACACUUGCUGUUUCUAGUUAUCAAGUGAGGCUUAAUAAAAAGGAAAGGACUCUC